AUGUUUGAUAAAGUCGAAUUUUAUCGGGUCGAUAUUCGUAUUCUCAAGGAGCUUGGACACGAAGUCGUUUUGUCGGGGACGCCGGGCACAUUAGAUUGGAAGGCGGAUCUCUAUUUUUGUUGGUGGUGGGGGCAUUCACCGCUUCCGUUGCUCGCCGGAAAACUACGUCGUCGUCCAGUAAUUGUAACUGGGGCCUUUGACUAUUCCACCUGCCGGAAGGAAAUUCCGGGUCUGUGUUACCUGGACCGCCCGUUAUGGCAGAAGGCAGUACUGCGCACCUCGCUGUUGUUGGCUGAUCGAAACCUGUUUAUCUCAAGAUCUGAGUGUGAGGAAGUCACAACCAACCUGCCGGUCAGAAACCCAGUGUACGCAACGCUGGCGAUCGAUACAGACUACUAUUCUCCUAGCGAGCUUCCGGCGGUUGGAUCGGAUUACUUUUUUACGGUGACCUGGACAAGUCGUACAAACGCCAUUCGUAAAGGGCUCAUUCCGACGAUUGAGGCGUUUGCAAAGGUUUCGGCUAACGCACGUCAUCUUCGACUGGUUGUUGCUGGUAAGCACGGUGACUACCUGCAGGAACUAAAAGACCUGGCGCAGCGCCUGGGUGUAGGAGACAAGGUGGAGUUUGUCGGGAUGAUCUCCGAUGAAGAGAAGCUGCACCAUUACCGCAAUUGCCUGGCCUAUGUUCAACCAACGCUUUAUGAAGGUUUCGGGCAUGCGAUCGGCGAGGCCCUGGCGUGUGGAGCGCGAGUGAUAACUUCGCCUCGGGGCGCGGUGCCUGAGGUCGCGGGUGACUUCGCUUACUGGGUUCAACCAGAUAGCCAGGAAGAAAUUGCUGCGGCCAUGGAGGCGGUUGUCGCCACGCCGACUUGUGCUGAAGAUGCCAAAGCCAGGCAUCAGUGGAUUUCUUCCAAUUAUUCCAUCGCAGCUCGUCGUGUGGCGCUUAAAAAUGUCCUGGAUUCCUUGUCGCUGGUGAAA